AGUGUUACACUUAAGUAUUACUAACCACAUGACUGAUGCAUUCGUUUCAUUUCUAAAGACAAGAGAAAGGCGAGUUAUCUUCGAAAUGCUGAGGGGAAAGUUGUUUCUCCUACCCAUAAUGUUUGUGGUGUUACUACCACUUACAUUUAUCAUCACGUACAGUGUAGCUGUGAGCGAUGGGGGUGUUUACCCAUUCUUUCCUUUUAUCAGUGACACCGGAACUCUGCCUCCUGAGAGCUGUGUUUUUGGACAAUUGCUGAAUAUUGCAGCUGUGUUGAUUCUGACCAUUGUGUACCUGAGAUACAGACAGGUGGAAACGUACUGGUCAGUCACCCAUUCGCUGACACCAUAUCCCAGAGCCAACACCGCUUUCCUCGUCCUAGGUCUUCUCUCCGGGGUUGGUCUCAGUAUCGUAGGAAAUUUUCAGGUAGAAAAUUCAAAGGGGUUCCAUAUAUUUGGAGCUCUACUUGCAUUCAUCGUUGGAGGCGCAUAUUUUUGUACCCAAACGUUUAUCUCUUGGAAGGUUCCAGACAUCCCCGGGUCCACAAAAACAACACGAGUUAUACGGCUCCUUAUCUGUAUAUUAUAUUGCUGUUUUGCCGUCAUCGGAAUUGUCACAUUCCUAGUAAGUAAAAGUAAGUUAAGGCCCGAAAAAAUCUCCACACGUUUAUGGACGGCCAGCUACAAGGGUUAUGCAGAGCACGUCACCUCCGCGGUGAUGGAAUGGCUGGGAAGUUUUCUGAUCUGUGCUUAUGCCGCCACAUUUACACCAGAAUUCAAACACCUAAAACUGACUUCAACACUACAAAUAGGUAGCACGCCUAGCGAAUUACUUCCGAGUGGAUUCCACCAAUAUUCUAAGAUGUUUAGAGAUAAUCUGCAUAUUUUCCCAAUAUUCAUCGUGAUAUAUGUCCCCGUCUCCUUCUUCAUUACAUAUGGCAUCGCUGUGGGUAAUGGCCAUGUUAAUCCGGGAUUUCCAUACAUCAGUGAUACGGGUACUCUGCCACCUGAAAGCUGUGUAUUUGGACAACUUUUAAAUAUUGGAGCAGUUAUUGCGUUGGCUGUGUUCUAUAUACGCUAUAAGCAGAUAGAGACUUUCCAGAGUGACUGUCCAGUCUUACCUAUAACCCGGGUGAAUAAGACAGCGUUUGUACUGGGGUUGACCACUGCGUUUGGCAUUAGUCUAGUUGGAAACUUUCAGGAGACGAAUGUGGUGGUUGUACACGUCAUUGGUGCGUUCUUGGCGUUUGUAGUGGGGGGUGUUUACUGUUGUCUACAAACUUACCUCUCUUUCAAACUGCCACAGAUACCUGGAUCCUCCAAAAAUCUAAGAAUAGCUAGAUUAAUUAUUUGCAUUUUAGAUUUUAUCUUUAUGGUAGUACUUUUAGUGGCAUCAUUUGUGAAUAGCAGCCCACAUAUUACCCCUCCUGCACAUUGGACGUCAGACAAGCCGGGAUAUGGCGCACACCUGACGUCUACAAUAGCAGAGUGGAUAAUCGCAUUUUUAACGUGUAUUUAUGUGGCCACAUUUACAACGGAGUUUAAAUAUUUCGAAAUGAUUAAACCAAAGAUAACUUUCCGAAAUAUUCCCGAAUACAACGUUUCUACUAUAGAAUCAACGGCAAAUAGUACAGCGAUAGAGAAUGGUGCAACGAACGCCAAAUACUGAACGUUCUGGUGCAAUGUGAUAUAAAAGCUUGAAUGUGAUAUAUAUACAAAUAAACACUUAAAGUUACCGAAGAAA